AUGGGUAGACUCGUGACCCUGGCUACCUGCCAGCUGACUCAAUGGGCCCUGGACUUUGAAGGGAACCGCAAGAGAAUCGUGGAGAGCAUUCGCAUAGCGAAAGCCAAAGGCGCUACCAUGCGUGUUGGUCCUGAGCUCGAGAUCACUGGCUACGGCUGUCUGGACCACUUUCUGGAAUCAGAUGUCUACCUUCACUCAUGGGAGCAAAUCUCCAUCAUCAUGCAAGACCCUACCCUCCAUGAUAUCAUCAUCGACAUUGGACUCCCAAUCGUGCACCGAAACAACAGGUUCAAUUGCCGGGCCAUCAUCCUCAAUGGCAAGCUCAUCAUGCUCCGUCCAAAGCUGUUCCUGGCAAAUGAUGGAAUCUACCGGGAGCAACGCCACUUUAUACCAUGGCUCAGGCCUGGCCAUGUCGAGGAAUACUAUCUACCCCAGAGUAUACAGAAGCUUAACGGCUGUACCAAGAUACCCAUCGGUGAUUGCGUUCUGUCUACUCCAGAUACAUGUAUUGGGUUCGAGACUUGCGAAGAGCUCUUUACACCAAACUCGCCGCACAAUGCAAUGGGCUUGAAUGGUGUCGAGAUUUUCUCAAACAGCUCGGGCAGUCAUCAUUCCCUGCGUAAACUAGAAACGCGCAUAUCGCUCAUCAAGGAAGCAACCAGAAAGAACGGCGGAAUCUACUUGUAUUCAAACCAGCAGGGUUGCGACGGAGAUCGCAUGUACUAUGAUGGCUCAUCGAUGAUAUUCUGCAAUGGCGAGAUCCUGGCCCAGGGCAGCCAGUUCUCCCUAAACGACGUCGAGGUCAUCACUGCAACGGUCGACCUUGAAGAGGUCAGAGCAUACCGUUUCGCCCCCAGUCGAGGACUCCAGUCACUUUCAACCCUGGCUUAUCAGCGAAUUGAGACCUCCUUUGCAUUGGGCUCUCCAGAAGAUGACUUCAACCCAGAUAUAUGCCCUACCCGACCACGUGAUCUGAUUACUCAUACCCCUGCCGAGGAGAUUAGUCUUGGACCGGCUCUAUGGCUCUGGGACUACUUGCGUCGAUCUGGGGCUUCAGGCUUCAUGCUGCCUUUGAGUGGAGGCAUUGACAGUUGUGCAACAGCCGUUAUCGUCUUUAGCAUGGCACGGCAAAUCUACCAGGAAGUUCAAAAAGGUAACGAAGCCGUCAUUGCAGAUGUCAAGAGGAUAGCGGGCCCUUACCACGAGAACGAGGAUUGGCUACCUGCGAGCCCACAAGAACUCACGCGCGAUCUGUUGACUACAGCAUUCAUGGGAAUGGAAAAGCAGUCAUCGACCGAGACUAGAGGCCGUGCGAAGGAACUCUCCGAACGCAUCGGCAGCUACCACUUGGACAUCAACAUUGACGCGGUGUUCGAAUCGAUCAAAGCAACCUUGACCGAUGCAACAGGUUUCACACCCCGCUUCAAAGUCCAUGGAGGUUCCUUUGCCGAAAACAUCGCCCUUCAAAACAUCCAAAGCCGACCCCGCCAAGUCAUCACCUACUACUACGCGCAAACCAUACCCAUGGUACGACAACGCAAAGGCGGCGGCGGUCUUCUCGUGCUGGGCUCCUCAAACGUCGACGAGUGCCUCCGCGGCUACCUAACCAAAUACGACUGUUCAUCAGCCGACCUAAACCCCAUCGGCUCCAUCAGCAAAGGCGACCUAAAAGGCUUCAUCUCCUGGGCCAAAACCGCCUUCUCCCUCGACUGCCUCCAAGGCUUCAUAGACGCCACCCCCACCGCCGAGCUCGAACCAAUCACCUCCUCGUACGUCCAAUCCGACGAAGCAGACAUGGGCAUGACAUAUGCCGAAAUCGGCGUCUUCGGCCGCCUCCGCAAGGUACAGAAACUAGGCCCCUUUGGCAUGUGGCAGCGUCUCUGCCACGACUGGAGAGAACAAUACUCGCCCCGCGAAGUGGCGGAAAAAGUCAAACGUUUCCACCACUUUUACGCUAUCAAUCGCCACAAGAUGACGGUGGCUACCCCGGCUUACCACGCAGAGGCCUACUCGCCUGAUGAUCAUCGCUUUGAUCUUCGUCCGUUCUUGUACCCUGCGCAGAUGGCUAGGGAUGCCCAGGGCGAGAUGCAGAGUAUGACUUGGAGUUUCAAGCGGAUUGAUGAGGAGGUGGAGAAGUUGGAGAGGAGAACAAAGGAGAAGGUCGAGGGUGGUAAAGUGGAUGGAGCUUGA